AUGCAGAGAUGGUCCACAAGGUGGAAAACGAGAAGGUGGCCCUGGGACUCGGCUGUAACCGUGCUCAUCACCUUCGCUUUCCUUCUCCAGGCUGCAGAGGUCAGAGGAGCUGAACCUGUUGAUGUGCUAAAAGCAUUAGAAUUUCACAAUUCUCCAGAAGGAAUAACAAGAACAGCAGGAUUUUGCACAAACAGAAGGAAUUCAAAAGGAUCAGAUGUUGCUUACAGAGUUUCAAAAACUGCACAGCUGAGUGCCCCAACAAAGCAGCUGUACCCAGGUGGAGGUUUUCCAGAAGAUUUUUCAAUAUUAAUGACAGUAAAACCUAAAAAGGGCAUUCAGUCCUUCCUUUUGUCUAUCUACAAUGAGCAAGGAAUUCAGCAAGUAGGUGUUGAAGUUGGUAGAUCCCCUGUCUUCCUGUUUGAAGACCAAAAUGGAAAACCUGCCCCAGAAGACUAUCCUCUUUUCAGAACAGUAAACAUCGCUGAUGGCAAGUGGCAUCGAGUGGCUAUCAGUGUGGAGAAAAAGAGUGUUACAAUGAUUGUUGACUGUAACAAAAAAACUACAAAACCACUUGACAGAAGUGACAAAACGGUUGUGGACACCAAUGGCAUCACUGUCUUUGGAACCAGGAUUCUGGAUGAAGAAGUUUUUGAGGGUGAGAUCCAGCAGCUGUUGAUUAUAGCUGAUCCCAGAGCUGCAUUUGACUAUUGUGAGCAUUAUAGCCCAGACUGUGACUCCCCAGUGCCCAAUGCUGCUCAGGCUCAAGAUCCUCGAGUUGAUGAGAAAAAGAAAGCCAUGGUCAAAAAGAAGAGGACAGUGGCUGCUAGCUCAAAGGACAAACCUCAAAAGGCCACAACAAAAAAAACUGAAAAAUAUGCAUCCAAGAAGAAGAAAAGUUAUCAAGCAGCAGCAAAAGGCAAACUAGGGGUAAAGAUAGCUAAUGUUAUUGAUGGAUUUCAAGAUUAUAGCAUAGCUGAAAAUGACUAUGGGCCCCAGACAGAAGCUCCCUCCAGAGCUACUGAAGCAAAUGAGCAAAAUCCUGUUGAAGAAGUAUUUGCUGAAGAAUACAUAACUGGAGAGGAUUAUGAUAAAAAAACUGAGGCAACUGAAUAUGGAAGCAGAGGAGUAGACCUCAGUGAAUCUGAUCUGCUGGUAGAUGGAGAUUUAGGAGAAUAUGAUUUUUAUGAAUAUAAAGAAUAUGAAGAGAAACCAACUGAUUCCACUAAUGAGGAGUUUGGUCCAGGUGUUCCUGCAGAGACCGAUAUCACAGAAACAAGCGUGACAGGACAUGGGGCUUAUGGAGAAAAAGGCCAAAAGGGAGAACCAGCUGUGAUUGAACCUGGUAUGCUCAUUGAAGGACCACCGGGACCAAGAGGACCUGCUGGUCUUACAGGUCCCCCAGGUUUACAAGGUCCUGUUGGUCCUCCAGGUGACCCUGGUGAAAGGGGUCCACCUGGUCGCCCUGGUCUUCCUGGUGCUGAUGGUUUAGCAGGUCCCCCAGGUACCAUGUUAAUGUUGCCGUUCCGCUUUGGUGGAGAUGGUGAGAAGGGCCCAACAAUCUCAGCUCAGGAAGCUCAAGCACAAGCUAUUCUUCAGCAGGCUAGGAUUGCUAUGAGAGGUCCACCUGGUCCUAUGGGACUCACUGGAAGACCAGGUCCUGUGGGUGGACCUGGAGCAGCAGGUGCUAAAGGUGAAAGUGGUGAACCAGGUCCCCAGGGUCCUCGUGGUGUCCAAGGUGCCCCCGGUCCAAGUGGAAAAGCUGGCAAAAGGGGACGUCCUGGAGCUGAUGGCGCCAGAGGAAUGCCAGGAGAACCUGGAGCAAAGGGUGACAGAGGAUUUGAUGGUCUUCCUGGCCUCCCUGGUGACAAAGGUAACCGGGGAGACCGUGGCCCACAGGGACCUCCUGGCUUACCUGGUGAAGAUGGAUCAAGAGGAGAAGAUGGGGAAGUUGGACCAAGAGGUCUCCCAGGUGAAGCUGGUCCACGGGGAUUACUGGGCCCCAGAGGAACACCUGGUCCCCCUGGACAACCUGGCAUUGCAGGUAUUGAUGGACCUUCAGGCCCAAAGGGAAACAUGGGUCCUCAAGGGGAACCAGGACCUCCUGGUCAGCAAGGAAUUCCAGGCCCACAAGGGCUUCCUGGUCCUCAAGGUCCUAUUGGGCCUCCUGGUGAAAAAGGACCGCAAGGCAAGCCUGGCCUUCCUGGCCUUCCUGGUACUGAUGGGCCUCCUGGUCACCCUGGCAAAGAGGGUCAGUCUGGAGAUAAAGGUGCAUUGGGGCCUCCAGGUCCUCAGGGUCCAAUUGGAUAUCCAGGUCCUCGUGGUGUAAAGGGUGCUGAUGGUGUACGUGGACUAAAGGGAUCCAAAGGUGAAAAGGGUGAAGAUGGUUUUCCAGGUUUUAAAGGUGACAUGGGUCUUAAAGGUGACCGGGGAGAGAUUGGUCAGCCAGGUCCACGAGGAGAAGAUGGCCCAGAAGGUCCAAAAGGUCGAUCGGGUCCAUCUGGGGACCCAGGUGCUGCUGGUCCAGCUGGGGAAAAGGGUAAGCUGGGCGUACCUGGCCUGCCAGGUUAUCCAGGAAGACAAGGUCCAAAGGGCUCAACUGGUUUCCCAGGAUUUCCAGGUGCCAAUGGAGAGAAAGGUGCAAGGGGAUUGCAUGGCAAACCAGGCCCCAGAGGACAGAGAGGACCAACAGGUCCAAGAGGCUCAAGAGGUCCCAGAGGUCCCACUGGUAAACCAGGUCCAAAGGGCACUUCAGGCAAUGAUGGUCCUCCUGGCCCACCAGGCGAAAGGGGACCGCAAGGGCCUCAGGGACCUGUUGGAUUCCCCGGACCAAAGGGACCUCCAGGUCCACCUGGAAAAGAUGGCUUGCCUGGACACCCAGGACAGCGGGGUGAGACUGGCUUUCAAGGAAAAACUGGUCCUCCUGGCCCUGGUGGUGUUGUUGGCCCUCAGGGUCCUACUGGUGAGACUGGACCAAUUGGUGAACGAGGCCAUCCAGGUCCUCCUGGUCCCCCAGGUGAACAAGGCCUCCCAGGUGCUGCAGGAAAAGAAGGUGCUAAGGGUGAUCCAGGCCCUCAAGGCAUUCCUGGGAAAGAUGGGCCAGCAGGUCUUCGUGGUUUCCCUGGAGAGAGAGGCCUUCCAGGUGCUCAGGGUCCAGCUGGUCUGAAAGGAGGGGAAGGCCCACAGGGUCCACCUGGCCCAAUGGGCUCUCCAGGAGAGCGUGGAGCCGCGGGCACUGCUGGCCCCAUUGGUCUGCCCGGCCGUCCUGGCCCUCAGGGGCCUCCAGGACCUGCAGGAGAGAAGGGUGCUCCCGGUGAAAAAGGUCCCCAAGGUCCAGCUGGACGUGAUGGAAUACAGGGCCCUGUAGGACUUCCAGGUCCUGCUGGUCCUAGUGGUUCUCCUGGAGAAGAUGGUGACAAGGGUGAAAUUGGUGAACCAGGACAGAAAGGUAGUAAAGGUGACAAAGGAGAAAACGGUCCUCCAGGUCCUCCAGGUCUGCAGGGUCCUGUUGGAGCCCCGGGUAUAGCUGGAGGUGAUGGAGAGCCAGGCCCAAGAGGUCAGCAAGGGAUGUUUGGGCAAAAAGGUGAUGAAGGUCCUCGAGGCUUUCCUGGGCCCCCAGGCCCUAUUGGCUUACAGGGUCUGCCUGGCCCACCAGGUGAAAAAGGUGAAAAUGGUGAUGUGGGCCCAAUGGGUCCACCUGGCCCACCAGGUCCAAGAGGUCCCCAGGGUCCUAAUGGAGCUGAUGGUCCUCAAGGUCCCCCAGGAUCAAUUGGCUCUGUUGGAGGUGUUGGUGAAAAGGGUGAGCCUGGAGAAGCUGGUAACCCUGGACCUCCUGGAGAAUCUGGAACAGCUGGCCCAAAAGGUGAAAGGGGAGAAAAAGGUGAAGCUGGUCCACCUGGAGCAGCUGGACCACCAGGUGCUAAAGGACCUCCAGGUGAUGAUGGGCCUAAGGGUAACCCAGGCCCAGUAGGUUUUCCUGGAGAUCCUGGUCCCCCUGGGGAACCUGGUCCAGCUGGUCAGGAUGGUGUUGGUGGAGAGAAGGGUGAAGACGGUGAUCCUGGUCAACCUGGUCCACCAGGUCCUUCAGGUGAAGCUGGCCCACCUGGUCCUCCUGGGAAAAGAGGCCCCCCUGGAGCAACAGGUGCUGAAGGCAGACAAGGUGAAAAAGGUGCAAAGGGUGAGCCUGGUGCAGAAGGAGCUCCUGGAAAAACAGGGCCAGUUGGUCCACAGGGACCUGCAGGAAAACCUGGCCCAGAGGGUCUCCGGGGCAUUCCUGGCCCUGUGGGAGAACAAGGUAUGCCUGGAGCACCAGGUCAGGAUGGCCCCCCCGGACCUCUGGGCCCUCCUGGCUUGCCUGGACUGAAAGGAGACCCAGGUUCCAAAGGAGAGAAGGGACAUCCUGGUUUGAUUGGCUUGAUUGGACCUCCAGGAGAACAGGGUGAAAAGGGUGAUAGGGGUCUUCCUGGCCCACAGGGAUCUCCUGGAGCCAAGGGUGAUGCAGGAAUUUCUGGUCCUGCUGGCCCACUUGGACCCCCUGGUCCUCCUGGAUUACCUGGUCCCCAGGGUCCCAAAGGUUCCAAAGGAUCCAGUGGUCCUGCUGGUCAGAAGGGUGACAGUGGCUUACCUGGUCCACCUGGUCCUCCAGGCCCUCCAGGUGAGGUAAUCCAGCCACUGCCAAUCCAGUCACCCAAGAAAACAAGAAGAUCUCCUGACUAUAUGUUAUCUGAUGCUGGUGAUAAUAUUCUGGAUUAUUCCGAUGGCAUGGAGGAGAUCUUUGGCUCCCUGAAUUCACUGAAGCAAGAUAUUGAGCACAUGAAGUUCCCCAUGGGCACUCAGAAUAACCCAGCCCGGACCUGCAAAGAUCUGCAGCUCUGCCACCCUGAAUUCCCCGACGGGGAAUAUUGGAUUGAUCCUAACCAGGGCUGUUCUGGAGACUCCUUCAAAGUGUACUGCAAUUUCACAGCAGGUGGGGAAACUUGCAUCUACCCAGAUAAGAAAUCUGAAGGAGUUAGAAUUUCAUCAUGGCCAAAGGAGAACCCAGGAUCUUGGUUUAGUGAAUUUAAGCGAGGCAAACUUCUUUCCUAUUUGGAUGCUGAAGGCAAUUCCAUUAAUAUGGUCCAAAUGACAUUCCUUAAACUACUGAGUGCCUCUGCCAGACAAAAUUUCACUUAUAACUGUCACCAGUCUGUAGCCUGGCACGAUGCACCCUCUGACAGCUAUGACAAAGCACUAAGGUUCUUAGGAUCCAAUGAUGAAGAAAUGUCUUAUGACAACAAUCCUUACAUCAAAGCCCUCCACGACGGCUGUGCAUCAAGAAAGGGCUAUGCAAAGACGGUGCUGGAAAUCAACACACCCAAAAUAGACCAAGUGCCCAUAGUUGAUGUGAUGAUCAAUGACUUUGGUGAUCAGAACCAGAAGUUUGGAUUUGAGGUCGGUCCUGUCUGCUUCCUUGGUUAA